AUGUCUCCCACGCAAGAACGAACCAUGAACGGGACCAUUCGCAAGAACAUCGCCAAGGUAUGCCUGAGCCUUCAAGAUCGGCUAGGCCUCGCCAAGGUCAAAUACCAGCAGAGCCGGACAGCCUCGGCGGAGGUGAAGGAGAGUAAUCAGGAUGACCAGCUGGCGUCCGACAAGCCAUCCGACUCGUCAUCAGAAAUACCAUACAGCCGCUAUGAAACCCCUCUGACCUCCUCACCCGCAAGGAACGCUGCAUUUUCUCACGAGCUGCCUCGAUCGGCACGAAACAAGCAUGCUGCGACUUUCAACCCAGAGGUGAUGCAGCCGAUGCUGAAUGCCAGUCGGAAGCGGGUGCGGUCCGACUCAGAUGCAGGAUGUCCAGCAAAGGCCCGUAGGACGUCAUGGAAGGCUUCACAUCAUCUGCCAGAAUCAUCACCAGGCCUUGGCCGUCAACUGCCAAUCUACUCGAACCACCCCCCUUCAUUCGACAUCCCAAGCCUAGCAUUUCCCGGCAAUUCAGAUGCAGAGAAUGACCUCGAGCUUCCAGCCCGCCAGGACCACAAUGUUAGCUCUUCCAUGAUUAGCUCUUCUCCCCCGCGCACUCCACCUCUACGAGCCACUCGUCAACCCAGAAAUGGCAAGGAAAAUGAGAACGAGGAUGGUGCAGAUCUGCUUCUCUACCUGGCGAACUCUCCAACCCCCGCUCGGAUCAAUACCAAAUUGCAGACGAGGGACUUUCCUCCAUCUACUCCGCCGAGCCAAUAUGCGGCCUUGCCGUCAUUGACCCCUACGCCUGGCGGUGGUGUAUUUCCCAAUUUUGGUACCCCAGGACAACAAUUCAACUUUGCCGACUUCGUCAAUGUCACGCCUAGUCCGGCCCAACGUCCUUGGGGUGGCCGUACUCCAGGGAACCUUUCCAAAACCCCUCUGAUGAGGACCGCCCGAAAGUCCUUGAACUUCGACAACCUUCUACCUCCUGACAUGAACAGCCCGGUCGGCCGCGGCAAGGACUCCGGUUUAGCAUUACAACUUGGCGAAGAGCUUCGGCCAUAA